GAAAAGGGGCCCGUUGCAGAUGAGGGCAGCGAAGCAGCAGGCGGCUGCUGUGAGGCGGUGGCGACAUCACCGGGAGUGGGUUCUCCCAAUACCCGACCGAGGAAACAGCCCCCUGGGAGACCUCCUGCACGUCUUCCUGUCUCCGGUUUUUCCGCUUCUUUUUGCUUGCCGCUUUUGCCGUUGUUGCGGGCACCUCUGGCAGCUUCGACAGCUGACCGGUUUUCCAGCAGAGAGCUUUGUGGGGCCGUACCGUCCCCCCCCCCCUAAAGAUCUGACUGUCCUACGGAGUGUGUCUGCUGUCAGAAUAACGCCCCUGAAGGAGAUGAAGAGCUGCCCGGACUUAAUGCCUGCUGCAGGGAUGGACCCCUCCAGGGUGUGCAAGGGAAGGGGCGCUGUCACCCUGCGUGCCACCCUUGUCCACAUCGAUGAUGACGAUGGCAGCGACGGGCAGCAGCAGCCCGCUGUGGAUGGCUGGCUUGAUGACUCUUAUGGGGAAAGUGCUGGAAGGUACUCCGACAGUCCUAGACUGAAUGAAGCCAGAAGUGGAAAGACAGAGUCACAGGUGGUUACUCCUGUGAGUGGUCAAGCCCUGCCUUCCUUAUCAGAACAGCUCAUUGUUCCAGCAUCGAGCAGAAAGACAUCCUCUGCGUACCCAUCCACCACCAUUGUCAACCCCACCAUUGUGCUUCUACAGCACAACAGAGAACAACAAAAGCGUGUAAAUAUUCUGGAAGAUCCACCACCAGAGGGCCACAGUGAGCUUGGCACAGCAACUACACCCCCUUCAUCUCCCGCUGACAUCCUUCCAAUGGAUGGCAAGAGAAUGAGACUUUCAAUGCAGGGGUCCAACAGCGGGCUUCUGAAUGACAACAGCACCCCCAUGAGGAAUACAGAGAAGUCCCGGGACUGGUACAAGAGUAUGUUUAAGCAGAUACACAAAGUUCCAGACUCUCCUGAGGAAAAUCCUUACCGGCCCACCUACACAUUUCCUGAGAACUAUGACAGGCGAAAGAAAAUGUCAGACGACAAAUCUGCUACCUAUGUAUAUGAGGAUGAUGCAAAAGGUGAUCAUCCUUCAAGAGGAUCCCAGAACAACCGCAUAGACUCUCAAAAUGGCAGACUGGCCAAACUGCCGGUACCGGCCCGGUCAUCCUCACUUCGAGCCUCCACUGAAAGGAAUGACUGGGAGCCCCCCGACAAGAAGGUAGACACCAGGAAAUACCGUGCGGAGCCCAGGAGCAUAUUUGAAUAUGAGCCAGGGAAGUCAUCAGUGUUGAAACAGGAGAGAACGACUCAGCAUAUAAGUCCAGAAGAUGUAGAUUUAGAGAAUGAACCUUGGUAUAAAUUCUUUUCAGAGAUGGAGUUUGGAAAACUGAGUGCCCCCUCCUUCAGCCCCCUGGAAACACCCUCCGACCUCCAUCAAUAUUCACCAUAUAGACUCUCCCAAAAUGAGUCAGGCAUGGGCACCACGGCUGCUGCUGAGCCCGGAGACCGCCACGUUUACAAGAGUGUCCUGGAGGGUGGGGAUAUUCCCCUGCAGGGCCUACAUGCCCUGAACAAGCGCAGCCCCAGCUCCUCCUCAUCUAAAGUAGAUUCUGAUUCUCCACGACAUUUCACCCCUGGGGAGGCCCUGGACACCUCUGAGGAUCUUGUUCGAAGACGCUACAGUGACAAAGAAAAAAUUCUGGAGGAGCAGCGGCGUCUGAAGCGAGAGCAGGAAGAGGCAGAUGCAGCAUCCCGCCGUCAUACGGGGCUGGUGCUCUCACACCAUCAGUUCAUCACAAACGAGCGCUUUGGGGACUUGCUUAACAUCACCGACACAGAGAAGAGGAAGUCUGGGGCCAUGAGAACUCCAGCUCUUGCGAAGUUUGACUUCAGAGCAGAAACACUGAAAGAGCUCCCCUUCCACAAGGGAGACAUCGUGUACAUCUGUCGUCAGAUCGAUCAGAACUGGGUUGAAGGCGAGCAUCAUGGCCGCGUGGGUAUUUUCCCCCGCAGUUACGUGGAGCUCCUCCCUCCAACAGAGAAGGCCCAACCCAAAAAACAGACUCCGGUCCAGGUACUGGAGUAUGGAGAAGCCAUGGCCAGGUUCACCUUCACUGGGGACACGGCUGUCGAGAUGUCCUUCAGAAAGGGGGAGCGAAUCACCCUCAUCCGCAGAGUGGACGAGAACUGGUAUGAGGGCAAGAUCUCCGGCACCAACCGGCAGGGAAUCUUCCCUGUGACCUAUGUGGAGGUGCACAAGCGCCCCCGUGUUAAAAAUGGCGUGGAUUACCCAGACCCCCCCCUGAGUCAGUCACCUUGUCGCAGCAGCAACGCCUCUCCACAGCCCCCCCGUAAUCAUUUGGCUACUGCCCCUCUCCCCCUCCCACGCUCCGACCGCCGGUCAGUCUCUCCUGAGGUGCACGCUGUCUCCUCUGAGUGGAUCGCCUUGACGAUGGGAGUGGGCUGCAGCCCUCCUGCAGCUGGCACGCCCCCCCUGCCCCCCCCUCCCAGUGUGUCAUACCGCUGGGGCGAGUACUUGCCCCCCUCCCUGUCUGCCAGCCCCGUUCCACCUGUCGGGGGCAGUCCCUACUGUGCCUCACCUUCCGCCUCCCCAUCUGCUUCACCACUCCCUCCUCCACCCCCCCCACCCCGCCCCGGCUCUGCCACGCCCUUCCUCACCUUCACCCCACCCCAGGGGGAGGACUUCCUGCUCUGCCCACCUUCUCCCCGCCUCUCACGCAGCCUUAGCCCCUGUGGGGGUGCGGGUCUGGAGAGCUGGCUGAGCGGGAGCAGCCCCCUAAGGACCCUGGAGGCGGAGCUUCAAGGAGAAGGGGGGGGGCUUUACCGAGGAGAGACGGGGCUGGAGAGCCGGCUGAAUAGGGGGAACCAAGAGGCGUGUCUUCAGCGGGGGGAGGGGGCAUGGCUAGACAAAGGGAACCUUCUGGGUGACUGGCAGAAUAGUCCAGAGCUGGUGAAAAGUGAAGCUGAUUACCAAGGCAGAUUGUCCAGAAGCCCAGUGCUGCCAGUUGACAGCCAGGAAAAUGUUAUAAAUGCCAACUCGUUUGCGGAGGCAGUCUGCAACGAGAUCAUGGACAUUGCGGAGAGGUCUGUGCGUUACUGCAGCAACCUGUCCCGCCCCUUUGACUCUGUGCACAGACCAGUGGCCCACACCAGUAAACAAUCUUUCAUCAUUUCCCAGCAACCCCAGCGGCAGAAUAACAGUCCUGACCUCAGCCAUAUGGGCUAUGGCAUUUUCCAGGCCCUCUACAGCUAUGUACCACAAAAUGAAGAUGAGCUGGAGCUGAGAGAGGGAGACCUGGUCCACGUUAUGGAGAAGUGUGACGAUGGCUGGUUUGUCGGCACAUCCAGGCGAACAAAGCAGUUUGGCACUUUCCCGGGGAAUUACGUUAAACCUACCAGCCUAUAAAUGCUGUAAAUGACUACACCAUGUUCCACAGUGUCACUUGGCUGUAUGUUGAGUUUGUAAAGCAAUGACUUUCUGUUAUGCCUGAACUUUUUGGCAGGUGGGUUCUUGGCCAGGUCAAAGCAAGUUUUGGGGAUGUGAUCAGUGGGCUCCAUGUCGAAGGAGCUGUAGUGUGGUUCACAUGAAAACCUGAGGGAAACAGAGAGCAAGAGAAAGAGAGGUCCACAGAUUCACCACAGAGCUGUCCUGGUUCUGUCACUACCCAGCUGACAGAUUUGACGUUCUCACAACGCUAAGGGAAUGUUUUAGCUGCCUACCAGCUACAGUCAAAAUCACACUUUCCAAAAAAAGCACUUCAGUUCCACAAGAGAAAUGCUGAAGUCUUGUUUUAACUUGUAAAUACUUCACAGUCUGGUAUUGUUAUUUUAAUUGCUAGAUCAGCCUAACACUCAUAGAAAACACUAUAUAAAUACUAUAAAGUAAGAGUUACAUGCACAGUGUGGGGUGUCAGCACACCAGAAAUGGCAGUGUGUUUCACCAGGAGUUUUAUAUAAGAUGGACCUCUCAGUGUGGCACUUUGGUUUGAAUAAGUCCAGCAUUUUAGAAGUCACCACGGUGACUCAUGUAAAGCACUAACGUCACUUCUCUCACCUUAACACAAUACAGCUUACCUCAGCACCCCCUGAUUGGCUCCUCUGUAAAUAUUUGCUUCAAUAUCAUUGGCUUGGCAGCUAACUGAGCACUAAGCUGAACAGAGUAAUUUUGCACGUUAACAUUUCUCAUGUGCUUUGUGAAAAUAAGCUAGAAUGCCAUUGACCUGAUAACGUAACAAAUGCCUUCAGUAUGACCGGAUAUGCAAUCUGGCCACACCCGAGUGAGUGUGUAUGUGCGUGUGUGCACACAAGUGUGAAUCUGCCUGCUCUGAUGUCAGCUUGUAGCUUGGUGCAGUUACUGCACAUUCCUGACUUCAGUUUAUGUAUUCAUAUUAAUUUGCUAGCAAUAAGGUAACCUCUGCUGUGUUUUAUUUAUUUUUUUAGCCUGUUUAAUUUUAUAUGACAGUAACUGUAAUAUUGUUUUAGGCUGCAGUUUUAGGGUCUGUAAUUUCAUAACAUAUCCUGAAAAACAAUGAAUAAGCACUAUGGUUUCUUAAUGUGAUGAUAUGUUAACAAUGAAUGCCGUUUAGCAUCAGUCAUCACUGUGUUUGUAGUUACAGUUGUCUUAGUAUUAUCAUCAAUACAAUAUGAUC